GCACACAAGCAAGUAGUGCCUCCAACAUGGAAGAAGAAGCCAUCUCACCUGCAACCAUGGAAAGAAUGCGAAAGACGAUCUCAAGCCUUCCCAACGACAAUGGUUGGAGACUUCCAUUUCCUUUCUACUUCUACGAAGGCUUUUCGAUCUCCACCUUGUUCCUAGAAGGAAUCAUUCUGGCUCAAGAACUCUUCCAGGCUGAACCAAGUGAUAUCUUCAUUUGCAGCCCUCCCAAGAGUGGCACCACUUGGAUUAAGGCCCUAACCUUUGCCAUUGUGACUCGAACCCAUUUCCAAAAUUCUACGAAUCCUUUGCUCUCCAAAACGCCCCAUGAUAUUCUACCUUUCUAUGAGACAAUUUUUUCCAAGCGCUGGCCACAUAUACGUCAGCCAGGGAUACCCCUCAUCGCUACCCACACUCCUUAUACAUUGCUACCAAAAUCUGUACAAGAUUCUGAUUGCAAAAUUGUUUAUGUUUGCAGAGAUCCAAAGGAUGUUUUUGUUUCUCUCUUUCACUUCUUUGCCAAAGUGAGAUUCAAGGAACAUGAACCUAUAUCCCUUGAGGAGGCAUUCGAGAUGUUUUGUGAAGGGAAGUCGUCGUUUGGACCAUAUUGGAACCAUGUUUUAGGAUAUUGGAAGGCAAGUUUGGAACGACCAAAGAAGGUAUUGUUCCUCAAAUAUGAAGACAUGAUGACAGAUACUGCUCUUUAUGUGAAAAAGAUAGCAGAGUUUGUCGGAUAUCCUUUUUCUCUUGAGGAAGAAGAAGAAGGGAUGGUGGAGAAAAUAGUAGAGAUGUGUAGUUUCGAGUUUCUAAGCAAUUUGGAAGUGAACAGAGAAGGAGCGGUAGAGAGCUUAUCAAAAUUAUCUCAAAACAAUCUCUACUUUCGGAAAGGCAAAGUUGGGGAUUGGAAGAAUUAUCUUACACUUGAGAUGGCAGAUCGUCUCAAUAAGAUAACGGAGCAAAAACUAAGUGGCUCUGGCUUGACCUUGAACGCCUCCUGAUCUUCAUGCUUGCAUGGAUCAU